AUGCGCCGUCCCGGGAAGGGCAGCUCUCGGAGCCGGAGAACGAGUCGCCCAAGGCCGACAGCGACGUCUUCCUCAUCAGAGCGCAAGGGUUCCCCUUCUCCUGCACCGAGGAAGACGUGCUCACCUUUUUCGAUAACUGUAGAAUUCGAAACCGUGAGAACGGCAUACACUUCCUCUUAAACAGGGAUGGGAGACGCAGAGGGGAUGCCUUGAUUGAGCUGGAGUCCAAAGCAGACGUCCAGAGAGCCUUGGAAAAGCACCUGAGGUACAUGGGCCCACGCUACGUGAAAGUUUUUGAAGUGCACGACAGUGAUGUCGAGGGCUUACUACAAAACCUGCGGGAUGAGUCGCAAGCCAUAAACGAUGGAGUUGUACUACUCAGAGGCCUUCCAUUCAGCUCCACUGAGGAGGAUAUCAUGAAUUUUUUUUCAGGUUUGAGAAUAACAGACAUAGUUUUUAUUUACCGGGGAGAAAGAAGAACAGGAGAAGCUUUUGUGCAGUUUGCAGUCCCUGAAAUGGCAGCGAAGGCCUUGUUACAGCACCGAGAAUACAUGGGCAGCCGAUACAUAGAAGUGUACCUAAGCAGAAAACAUCAUAUGCAAAAGCACAUGCCUUAUGACAGGCAGAUGGUGACCUACCCCAAAGUGAGAAAAGAACAGGAAUCUAUUUAUGAAGAAAGAAGAUUGAGCAAUGCAGGAGGUGCCGAUGCUGAAACAGAAAAUAAAUUCUGCAGGGAAGGAACAGAAAGCUCCAGGAAUGUUUCAGAAUCCAGGAAUGUCUCGUCACCGCUGCAUUUUGUCCACAUGAGGGGUUUUCCUACCCAAGCCAGUGCCCAAGACAUUAUAAAUUUUUUUGCUCCACUGAAGCCCACAAGGAUCACGGUGGAAUACGACUCCCAAGGAGACGCCACCGGAGAAGCGGAUGUGCAUUUUGAGAGCCAUGAGGACGCCGCCGCCGCAAUGGCGAAGGACGGGUCACAGCUGCGUAAGUGA